AUGGUUGGACUGCCAAUGCUACCCGUGUUGGAGACACAACAACCAACUCUGACCAACCCACCCAGUGCAAUGAUACUGCCAGCAUCAAUACAACAGGGUAUUGCCGUGCAGAAGAUACCUCCCAAUGCCGUCCCCGGCCCAUCACCACUUCUUACACCAACUCCAGCAUCAACAGCAACGGUAGUCCCUCAGACAAUCUUCGCACAACCACCUCCACAACUACAACAGACACAACAACAACAACAACCUCAACAACAACAUGAUAUGAUGAUGGCAGGACAGGCACCUCACAUCCCAUUCAUAUUAUCGUCACACUUUACGACUGGUACGCAAUGCGCUUGGUUCAAGAUGAGCGAGAUACAUGACAUCGAGAAGGCACAGAUGGCAGAGUUCUUCAACGGUCGAUCACCAUCAAAGACACCAGAGGUAUACAAGGAGUACCGCGACUUUAUGAUCAACACCUAUCAGCAGAACCCCUAUCAGUACCUCACGCUGACAGCCGUUCGCCGCAACCUCGUCGGCGACAUCUGCUCAAUGAUGCGUGUUCACAGCUUCCUCGAUCAUUGGGGCCUGAUCAACUACUUUAUCAACCCUGAGGGAGGCUAUUGCAUCCCUGCGCCUCAGCAACCAAAACCACAAACACAACAGCAACCAGACGCGAUCAAAUCACCAAACAAGACAUCGCCCUCAUUGACAACAACCACAUCGACAUCAACGACAACAACGACAACAUCAACAACUACAACCACAACAUCAUCAUCAGCAGCAGAACCUUCGUCUUCAUCAACAAUAACAAAGCCCGCAAACGGCAACAGCAACAGCGGAAGCAGCAGCAACAUCAAUGGUACCAUCACCCCCAGCAGCAGGAAGAUCAACCCAUUGGAGCUCAGGAGCAAUAUAUACGGCCAACCACAGGUGCCCCCAAAGAUCGUUUGCAGCAACUGUGGAGUGGACUGCAGCGCACUGCGCCAUCAAUUGAACAAAUCACUCACAGUGCCCGAGGGCGCAACAGAGCUGCCCCCUGACCUGCUCAAAGUCAACCUCUGCAACAGCUGCUUCCAGAACGGCAACUACGCUCAGGAGCACACCGCCAGCGACUUUACGAUGAUCCAACAGGAGGUGUCGCCCGACCCGCCCGAGGAGUGGACCGACCAGGAGACGCUCCUGCUGCUCGAGGCCAUCGACAUCUAUGGAGACAGCUGGGCCGACGUCGCUGAGCACGUCGCCACCAAGACCAAGGAGCAGUGUCUGCUACACUUCCUGCGACUGCCCAUCGAGGACAACUACCUGGAAGACAAUCUGAGCAAGGCGACCAAUAUGAAACAAUCAAAUCAAUCGAGUUCGAAUCAGCAGCUGACAUCGACGACUAAUGGACAUGAGAUCAUGACGAUGAUUGGAUUCCUGUCAAAGGCUGUGAGCGCCAAUGUGGCCACCGCCGCUGCAAAGGCUGCACACGAGGUGCUGGCCAAGGACAUGAAGGGCGAGAUCAACGAGACACUGUUAAAUAUUCAAUCGGCAUCGGCUGCCACUCUGGCCGCAACAUCAAUCAAAGCCAACUCAAUGAAGCUGGCCGAGGAGCGGGACAUCCAAUCCCUCAUCCUUCAGAUCGUCAGUCUGCAGACCAAGAAGCUGGAGAUCAAACUAAAGUACUACUCAGAUCUGGAAGGUACACUAGACAGAGAGAGGAUACUGAUGGAGAAGUCAAGACAGACAUUGUUCCUUGAUCGUUUGAACCUGUUGAAGGAGCAUCAACAACAUCUGGCACAAACAAAGGAUAACUCAACAUCAUCUGGCACCAUGACAAACAUUAAUGGUGGAACAGGCGACACAAUGCAACAAUAA